AGCGAAAACCAGCCUCGCCGUUAGCCUGAAGCACGGCUCUUGGGCGGAGGGCUCACCGAGCAGCCCGCGGACCUUCCCCGCCGGGAGCUGCCAGCGCACGGCCAGCGUAGUGCCGGCCGCCGGUCGCCUGACAUCGGCCUCACGGCGCCGCCGCCGCCCCGCUCGCGCGCCGGGAGGGGUUCCGUUUCCGCCGACGUCAGCGCGCGCGGGUGAGGGGCCAGCCUCUCUUUCCGGCCUCGCAGGCUGCCUGGCUGGAGCACGGAGCGAGCCGCCGCCGCCGCCCUGUGAGGAGAGGCCGCCGCCAUCAUGCCGGUGUACUUCCAGCGGCCCGAGAAUGCCCUCAAACGGGCGAACGAAUUCCUUGAGGUGGGCAAAAAGCAGCCUGCCCUUGAUGUUCUCUAUGAUGUUAUGAAAAGUAAGAAACACCGAACAUGGCAGAAAAUCCACGAGCCCAUCAUGCUGAAGUACCUGGAACUCUGCGUGGAUCUCCGCAAGAGUCACCUGGCAAAAGAAGGCUUGUACCAGUACAAGAAUAUUUGCCAGCAGGUGAACAUCAAGUCUUUAGAGGAUGUUGUUCGAGCCUAUCUAAAAUUAGCUGAAGAAAAAACAGAAGCAGCUAAGGAAGAAUCCCAGCAGAUGGUACUGGACAUUGAAGACUUGGAUAACAUUCAAACUCCAGAAAGUGUUCUUUUGAGUGCUGUGAGUGGAGAAGACACUCAGGACCGUACUGACCGGCUGCUUUUGACACCCUGGGUUAAAUUUCUGUGGGAAUCCUACAGACAGUGUUUGGAUCUUCUGCGAAACAAUUCUCGGGUGGAACGCUUGUACCAUGACAUCGCACAGCAAGCUUUUAAGUUCUGCCUGCAGUACACUCGCAAAGCUGAGUUCCGUAAGCUCUGCGAUAACCUGCGCAUGCAUUUGGGGCAGAUCCAGCGUCACCAUAACCAAAGCACAGCAAUCAACCUCAACAAUCCUGACAGCCAGUCAAUGCACUUGGAGACCAGGCUUGUGCAGCUUGACAGUGCUAUCAGCAUGGAGCUGUGGCAGGAAGCUUUCAAAGCAGUGGAGGAUAUUCAUGGGCUAUUUGCACUGUCUAAGAAACCACCUAAACCACAACUGAUGGCAAAUUACUAUCACAAAGUUUCAACUGUCUUCUGGAAAUCAGGAAAUGCUCUUUUCCAUGCCUCCACGCUUCACCGGCUUUAUCACUUAUCAAGAGAAAUGCGAAAGAAUCUCACACAAGAGGAGAUGCAGAGGAUGUCUACUCGAGUCCUUUUGGCCACGCUGUCGAUUCCUAUCACCCCUGAGAGAACGGAUAUUGCUCGCCUUCUGGACAUGGAUGGCAUUAUUGUUGAGAAGCAGCGACGCCUGGCAACGCUGCUGGGCCUCCAGGCCCCACCUACACGUGCCAGUCUGCUUAAUGAUAUGGUCAGGUUCAACGUAGUGCAAUACGUUGUGCCAGAAGUGAAGGAACUUUACAACUGGCUUGAAGUAGACUUUCACCCACUCAAGUUAUGCAGCCGUGUCAGCAAGGUUCUGAACUGGGUGAAAGACCAAGCUGAAAAGGAACCUGAACUGCAGCUGUAUGUUCCUCACCUCCAAAACAAUACCAUUCUUCGCCUUCUGCAGCAGGUGGCCCAGAUUUAUCAAAGCAUUGAAUUUGCUCGUCUGGCUUCCCUGGUUCCUUUUGUUGAUGCUUUCCAGCUGGAACGUUGUAUCGUUGAUGCAGCCAGACAUUGUGACCUACAAGUUCGCCUCGACCAUACCACCCGGACCCUCAGCUUCGGCUCCGAUCUGAAUUACAGUACUCGAGAAGAUGCUCCACUAGGCCCUCAACUGCAAAGCAUGCCUUCUGAACAAAUCAGAAAUCAACUGACUGCCAUGUCCUCUGCUCUGGCCAAGGCCCUUGCAGUCAUCAAGCCUCCUCACUUAAUACAAGAGAAGGAGGAACAACAUCAGCUGGCAGUCACCGCCUUCCUCAAGAAUUCAAGGAAGGAGCAUCAGCGAAUUCUUGCCCGUCGUCAAACCAUAGAGGAGAGAAAGGAGCGGCUGGAGAGCUUAAACAUCCAGCGGGAAAAAGAAGAGCUGGAGCAGCGCGAGGCAGAGCUACAGAAGGUCCGGAAAGCCGAAGAGGAGAGGCUGCGGCAGGAGGCGAAGGAGAGGGAGAAGGAGCGCAUCCUGCAAGAGCAUGAGCAGAUCAAGAAGAAGACUGUUCGUGAGCGCCUGGAGCAGAUCAAGAAGACUGAACUGGGAGCCAAAGCCUUUAAAGAUAUUGACAUUGAGGAUCUUGAAGAGUUGGAUCCUGACUUUAUUAUGGCUAAACAAGUGGAACAGCUGGAAAAAGAGAAGAAGGAACUUCAGGAACGUCUGAAAAAUCAGGAGAAAAAGAUUGACUAUUUUGAAAGAGCGAAGCGCUUGGAAGAAAUUCCUCUCAUAAAGACUGCAUAUGAGGAGCAAAGAGUGCGUGACAUGGAGCUCUGGGAGCAACAGGAAGAAGAAAGGAUCACCACUUUGCAGCUGGAGCGCGUGAAAGCCCUCGAGCAUAAGAACAGACUCUCAAGGAUGUUGGAGGAUAGAGAUUUAUUUGAAGCCAGGCUCAAAGCAUCCCGAAGAACAGUUUAUGAGGAUAAACUCAAGCAGUUCCAGGAACGGUUGGCAGAGGAGAGGCGGAACCGCUUGGAAGAACGCAAGAAGCAGCGCAAAGAAGAGCGGCGCAUUACUUACUACAGAGAAAAGGAGGAGGAAGAGCAAAGGCUGCGAGAAGAGCAGCUGCUUAAAGAGCGCGAGGAGAAGGAGCGCCUGGAGCGCGAGAAGCGCGAGCAGGAGCAGCGCGAGUACCAGGAGCGCGUCAAAAAGCUGGAGGAGCUGGAGAAGAAAAAACGCCAGCGAGAAAUGGAGAUAGAAGAAAGGGAGCGUCGUCGAGAAGAAGAGAGGAGAGGGCUGGAUGACCCCUUUUCCAGGAAGGAAUCUCGUUGGGGUGAUAGGGAGUCUGAAAGCUCCUGGAGAAGAGGCGGUGAGACAGAGUCUGAAUGGCGACGAGCACCAGUGGAAAGGGAUUGGCGUCGAGGAGAACCAAGGGAUGAUGAAAGAGCUUUCCGACGCGGCGACGAUCUGCCCCGACGUGGCGACGAUCUGCCCCGACGCGGUGCUGCAGAAGAAAAGGAACGUCCUUCUGUGGAGUCAACAGACGACAGGCCACCCAGGAGGGAAGGGGAUGAGGAGAGAACACCCAGGCGUGAAGGGGAUGAGGACAGGCCGCCCAGACGUGCCUUGGAUGAGGACAGGCCGCCCAGGCGUGGUUUGGAUGAUGACAGAGGGAGCUGGCGGGCUGCAGAUGACGACAGGGGUCCCAGGCGCGGGUUGGAUGAUGACAGGCCGCCCAGGCGCGGGUUGGAUGAUGAUAGGCCGCCCAGGCGUGGAUUGGAUGAUGACAGGCCACCCAGGCGCGGGUUGGAUGAUGACAGGCCGCCCAGGCGCGGGUUGGAUGACGAUAGAGGCAGUUGGCGAGCAGCAGAUGAUGACAGAGGACCCAGGCGUGGGCUGGAUGAUGACAGGCCCCCCAGACGGGCCCUGGAUGAUGACAGGCCCCCCAGACGGGCCUUGGAUGAUGACAGGCCCCCGAGGCGUGGGCUGGAUGACGACCGGGGCAGCUGGCGUGCUGCAGAUGACGACAGGGGUCCCAGGCGAGGCAUGGAUGACGACAGGGGUCCCAGGCGAGGCAUGGAUGACGACAGGGGUCCCAGGCGGGGCAUGGAUGACGACAGGGGUCCCAGGCGGGGCAUGGAUGACGACAGGAUGUCAAGGCGUGAUGAUGACAGGGGACCCUGGCGUAGCACAGAUGAUGACAGGCUUUCCAGACGAGAUGACGACAGGGGUCCCUGGCGCGGCAGCGAUGAUUCAAGGCCGGGUCCUUGGAGACCCUUUGGUAAACCAGGGGGAUGGAGAGAAAGAGAGAAGGCUCGUGAGGACAGCUGGGGGCCUCCUCGAGACUCCAGACCUCCUGGGGACCGGGAAUGGGAUAGAGACAAAGAUCGGGAUGAGAACGAGAAAGAGCGGGAGUUCGACAGAGACAGGGACUUCGAUCGAGACGAUCGCUUCCGGCGGCCCAGGGAUGAUGCUGGCUGGAGAAGAGGCCCAGCUGAGGAAACUUCUAGCUGGAGGGAUUCAAGUCGUCGUGAAGAAUGGGACAGAGGUGGUCGUGACAUGAGAGAUCGACGUGGUGAUGACAGAGAGCCACCCCUCAGAAGAGGACCUCCCCUCAGAGCUGAGCGUGAAGAACCAAGCUCCUGGAGGCGUGCUGAUGAUAGGAGAGAAGAACGUGGAGAGGAACGUGAACCGGUCCGGCGAUCAGCUCCUGCUGCUGCUGCUCCUGCAGCGUCUGCUCCCUCACCAGCAUCAAAAGAUCGAGAAAGAGAUGGGGAGAAGGAGAAAGGUUCCUGGAAAGCAGAAAAGGAACGUGAGCCCGCUCGCCGCACUAAAAACGAGACAGACGAAGAGGGGUGGACCACCGUACGACGUUAAGUGGAAAUCACGAGCCUUUAACCGAUGUUUUAGCUUUGAUUUGAUGGAAUCCAUGGGUUGUAUUUGUGCUUAUAAACAUUCUGAAUUGGAAUUCUUUUAACAAAUGUUUUGAGGUAACAUGAGAGCAUGAGCUUGAAUUACUUAACUCAUAUAGAUUGAUCAUGCACAAAACUCACAGCAGGAGGUUGGAAAUUGAAUUCCAGGUUUGGAGAGUUCAAAUUAUGCUGAUUUCGUAGGGUCAUGUGUUGCUAAAAUAAAGAGGAGCAAGCCCAUCAGCUGCCUUGAGCAAGGCUUCUGUCUCACACCAAAACCAGGCUGACCUUUCUAUUUUCAGUCGUCCUUAAUUUGGAACGUCAGCACAGAACACGCAUUUGAAAACACCUAUGUCACAGGGUGGAAUUACUGAGAAAAGGCAGAGUGAAAUCAGUUCCCAUAAUUAGCCAAAACAAGAGGGGGGAAAAAAACCUCUUAAAGCCCUCUUUUUCCAGAGCUGGCUUUCCAAGAGACCUAUUUUAUCACUCUCUAAAUUCAGGAAGUUGUUUAGAUUUGAAUUGGAUACAAGAAACGUUGUGAGAGUUAGCUGCACUGGGACAUUCUGUGUCGAUUUACUUGAAUACAUGAACACCUCUGAGGCCACUUUGCAGCCCUUGUUCCCAGUGAGGUAUUCCCUGCUGCAGUGUGCAACCACAGAACGUGGGAGCUUUUCCACUUGGGAGUGUUUUGGUAAGCGUAUGGCUGUGUCUUUUCUGUUGCCAAUAUCACAACUGCUUUUUUCCAUUACUUGGGUAAUUUCAUGCCUUUCAAGGAUUUAUAAAUAUUGUCAUAUUUAAACAAACAAA